AAAUGGUUAGCGUUAGAAAGUCUGGUGAAGAAAGAGUUCACACAAUUCAGUGAUGUGUGGAGUUUUGGUGUAACACUUUGGGAACUCAUGACAUUAGGACAACAGCCGUACUUCGAAGUCGAUCCCUUCGAAAUGGCCGCCUAUUUGCGCGACGGAUAUCGACUCUUUCAGCCAAUCAAUUGUCCCGAUAGACUUUACGAUAUAAUGGUUUGCUGUUGGAAUGCUGUGCCCGACGCCAGACCCACAUUCCCACAAUUGCUCUCAUGUUUGGACGAUUUCCACCAAACUCUUGGAAAUGACGCAAAAAUCCAGGGAUCGCUCGCAGACCACUCCACCGCAUACACACUGUCCUCGUGCUCCUCAUAUGUGGCGAUCACACCAUCGCUGGCCAUCGAAGUCUUAUGUGUCACUCCAUUGUCUUCAUCGGCGAUCUCUUCCUCCAANAAACGAGACUAUCAGAAGUUUUUGGACAGAAUUUACAAACACAAGACAUGCUUUUCCAGCCUUAACAUCGCCUAUAAGGUCACGAGUGUUAUCAUCUUAUUCUUCGGACCCGUCUCUAUCAUGAUUCCCCUCUAUUAUGCCAUUUAUAAAAAAUCUAUUGAAUUUCGCAAUAAAUCCAAACUCAUGACAAAAACAUCGCUUCAAUUACGAGAAGUGAGCUCUUCUGACGCCAACAAAACCGAUGAAUUUGACGUAAAUCAAGAUUUGAAUGUUUCCACACAAAAUGUGAUCGCAGCGAUUGUGAAAACUCCAAAACUGAGGAAUUGGUCUAAUUAUCUAAUAUUGUCGGCGAGUGUUAAGGAUGUGAUCAUCGCAUUGACGGCGAUGUCGUUCACGGCAUACAUCGAUGUCAUUCAUCUCAGCGAAUGGCUAUGGAGUCCAUUGGGAUGUGAUUUACCUAAACUCUUUAGGCUUGAAAGGAGUGUUAAAAUAGAGGAGAAGAACAGAUCAUACGAUGUGGUUAACGACAUAUCGAUUGAUAACAACCCGACGAUCAGUUCAUCUGUCUAUCAGACGCCGACAGUGGGUUUGAGUGAACAGAAUCUGUUUGAUAUAACAGUGCAGACAAUGGCGGCGAAGAUGAUCAAUAUCCCGGCCCAUAGCGAACAGUUGCCACAAACACUUCUCAGAGACAAACAGAAGACUUACGCCCGAAAAGUAUUAUCCAUAAGAAAUCCUCUUCCGCUCCGAUCCAGCGCUCAGAUGACUAAAUCAAAGUCAGAGCCCAAUAAUGUUACGAUUCAAGAGAGAUGCGAAUCAAUUGAUUGUAUUCGCGAAGAAGACCUGAAACUGAUCCGCAAAUUCAGCCAAAUGUCGAGUAAUGCCAUCAAAAAAGGUUUCAGUUUCUGGUCGGAAGAGCCCAUUGUUGUCAAAUUUAACCCAAACAACGAUCACAAACAUUGAAUUUUCUAAUUAAUAUACAAUACAGCAGGUGUUUGUAUUGAAAACCUAUUUUAAUAAAUUUAACCAUAAUUUUGG